CUGGCCACCGGAUCAUGUUGUUUGAUCAAAAGCCGUUAGUGUUGCGAGGCUGUUAUCGAUAAGGAAAACCUCAGCGUUUUGUUGUUCUGUUAUCUCAGUGAAGUUAUGUUGUUUGUGAUGUUGAUGUUCGCGCGUAACUACUAUAUACCAUUUGACAAGACAUUCACCGCUAGCGUUAGCAGCUAGCUCGGGCUAGCUGCCCGUGCUGUGUGUUUGUUUCGCCAAGUUUGUUUCACUGCAGCCACGUUAGUUCGCUUCUACUCCACACUUUGGCUGAUACAGUCGUUUAAAUAACAUAUUGGGACCACACAGAGCUUCAGAGAAUGCUGGCGACGGGAGCAGCUGUAACUAACGUCACAGCUCUGGCCCAGGUAGACCGGGAGAAGAUCUACCAAUGGAUCAAUGAGUUGUCCAGUCCAGAGACCAGAGAAAAUGCCUUGCUGGAGCUUAGCAAGAAACGCGAGUCUGUGCCAGACCUGGCACCAAUGCUCUGGCACUCCUGUGGCACUAUUGCUGCCCUGUUGCAGGAAAUAGUGAACAUCUAUCCAUCUAUAAACCCACCUACGCUUACAGCUCACCAGUCUAACAGAGUGUGCAAUGCCCUGGCACUACUGCAGUGUGUUGCCUCACACCCAGAGACACGGUCGGCCUUUCUUGCUGCUCACAUCCCUCUUUUCCUUUACCCUUUCCUGCACACUGUGAGCAAAACACGUCCGUUCGAGUACCUUCGGCUUACCAGCCUCGGAGUUAUAGGUGCCCUGGUCAAAACAGAUGAGCAAGAAGUGAUUAACUUCCUCCUCACCACUGAAAUCAUCCCGCUGUGUCUCCGCAUCAUGGAAUCAGGGAGUGAGCUCUCCAAGACGGUUGCCACUUUCAUACUGCAGAAGAUCUUGUUGGAUGACACAGGGCUGGCCUAUAUAUGUCAGACUUAUGAACGCUUCUCCCAUGUGGCCAUGAUCCUUGGCAAAAUGGUGCUCCAGCUCUCUAAAGAACCAUCAGCUCGCCUGCUGAAGCAUGUUGUCCGCUGCUACCUUCGCCUCUCAGACAACCUCAGAGCCAGAGAAGCCCUGCGUCAGUGUCUGCCAGACCAGCUGAAGGACAGCACCUUUGCCCAGGUGCUGAAGGACGACACCACCACCAAGCGCUGGCUGGCUCAGCUGGUGAAGAACCUGCAGGAGGGCCAAGUCACCGACGCCAGAGGCAUCCCACUGGCUCCGCAGUGAUGACGACAGAGUGUAUGCGUGUGUGUGUUUACAGCUGACACAGAAGGACUCUCUCAUCACUGUCCAGAUUUUGUAUUUUGCCCAAUGUGGCAGUAGGACAAAGGGAAGGACAUAAUGGAGAAAUAUUUGCUUUUGGUUUACACCAGUUGUUGUUGUUUUUUUUUCUGCCAGUAUGUCGCUUCCACACAAGGUCACUUCUUCACAGCUGAAAAUCAGUUUUUUAAAGAGCCAGACUGAUCGUAGAUUUUCAAAGCUGAUACUGAUAACUGAUAUUUGAAAAAAAAAAAAAAUUAAA